GAAUAUUAGGUGCCCGGUUGAAUUCUUGAAUAUUUGAAAGUAGUUUUUAUAAUUUCUUUUAUAUACAUUUACAUUUACAAUUUUUAGUGCAAAAAUCACAGCUAAUCUUUAUUGACGUUCUUUAAAUUUGUAAAUAUUCUCGAUAUUUUGUAUCUUUUGACAUCUGUCAAGUUAGGAGGGCGUAUUCGUAUUCAUUGCCAAGGAAUUUUCUUGGAGGAUCACGAUCAGUGAAAUUGUUCGGAAAAUCGGUUUUUCUGUACUUGAAGUGCCUUGUUUAGAAAUCUUAAGUGCUAAAAUCGACAUUCUAGACGUUAUCAUUAGAACUAGCCGUUAGAGGCUACACACGUGACUUAUUAUUUUAGACAAAUAACGGAAGCGGCUCUGGCGGCAUCCGACCGACGUCAGCCUCGACGCAACCCUUUGGAGGCGGUGGAGGUGGCGGUGGAGGUAUAAAUAAUAAAGGGUGCGGUGCGGGCUUAGGUACCGUAGGAGGCGGUCCCAUGGCCACUCAGCACCAGACGGCAGGCGUUUAUCGCGGUCAAUGGAGCAACGUAGGUGCCGGACAUCAACACCAACAUCCUGCGGCUGCUCCCGCAGGCUACUAUCAGCGGUACCCUAACACGGUACAACCAGUCCAAGUACAAGCACAGCUUCAAUCGCCGGCACAGAAUUCCUACACGCCUAAUAGUACUACCACCAAUAGCAAUUACAAUAAUUCUAAUUCGUACACAAAUCAAAGAGUGCCAACAGCGACAUCUCCGUCAAAUGCUAGUAGCUCGAGUAGUCACACCGGCAGUCAAAGCGGCAACGUUUCGACCUCUCUCAGCAACAACAUGCCUAACAAUACCAAUACGUCUUCUAACAAUUCCUCGUCCGGAUCCGAGCAGCUUUCGAAGACCAACCUUUACAUCAGGGGACUGAAUCCAGCGACCACCGACAAGGAUUUAGUUAAUAUGUGUCAACAAUUCGGCACUAUCAUAUCCACCAAAGCGAUCCUAGAUAAAAAUACUAACAAAUGUAAGGGUUAUGGUUUCGUAGAUUUUGAGAGUCCCGCCGCUGCCGAAGGUGCCGUGAAGGCUUUAACCGCGAAAAACAUACAGGCUCAAAUGGCGAAAGUGGGUAUCUGGUAUCAACACCGUAGAAAAGCCACUCAACAGGAACAAGAUCCCACAAAUUUGUACAUCGCUAACUUGCCGCCGAAUUUUAAGGAAUCAGACUUGGACCAAAUGCUAUCUAAAUAUGGACAAGUUAUAUCAACACGUAUCCUUCGGGACGCUUCUGGUAUAUCCAAAGGAGUAGGGUUCGCACGAAUGGAGAGCAAAGAAAAAUGCGAGUACAUCAUCCAGCACUUCAAUGCCAAAAUGCUACCAGCAAGUAAAGAACCGUUAUUGGUGAAAUUCGCCGACGGAGGGAACAAAAAGAAGAACAUGUAUAAAAAUAAUGACAACGUUAAGAUGUGGCGAGACAGUGCAGAAGGUUUAACGGCGGUUCAAUAUGAUCCGUCUACAUUGGCGCAAAAUGGAGUCGCAGGUCAGCAUUUGGUGCCGACUUUAACGAAUUACAGGCAUUACAAUCAGUUUGUUGAUGUACAGUUUCCUUCGUACACUACUGGACAAUGGCCGUUCCCGUAUGUUAUGGCGCCUCCAUUGGCCACUGUAGAGGAAAGUUACAAUUUGCCUGGACACAUGGCAGCUCAGUAUAAGAACGACGGACAACCUCCUCGGGGAAUACCGCUUAUGAUGCCAUCUACAGAAACUACUGUUCCUUAUACAAAUAUCAUACCUCAGCUCACAACACAAAUGGGAGCAAUGCAGAUAAGUACGGGAUCAUACAUCUCCCCUCAAUAUUCGUACUACCCAUCAAUAGUACACGCUGUUCCAGUCGAUUCUGAACACACUUCCAACGCAGCAAGUCCAGAAGAUCCAUACCAAGCGUACCAAGGGCCCCCCAAGUAAUUUUUAUCCAAUUGUUGUUUUGGAUUUUGUGACAUCCCAUUUGAAAAUUGCUGCAAAUCCUUAAUUUUUUAGAAAGAUGAAGGCAUUAAGAAUGCCCGAUUUAUAAUAGAGUAGUUAAUUUAUGAAUAGAGUUUUGGCAAUUUUUGAAUCGGUCUGAGAAGUCGUGUUUGAAAAUUGCGACUGAGUUUGUACGAUAGUUAUUUUACUGCUGAGUCAUUUGAAUGUUCGGGGAGGUAAUAUUACUUGAAAAUGAUUACCAAAAACUAAAAGUUGGCAUAAAUGACAAUUGAGUACAGACCAAAAAAUUAGUAAAAUCAACAUUUGGUAAGAAAAUACAUGGAAAAAACAUUGUAUAUUAGUUGUUUGUAUGUAGUUCUCAUUUGUUCGAGAACUAUAAAGUAAAGAUAUUGUUACGAUUCCACUCGAUAAUGGUAAUGAUAAUCUCACAUUUUGAAAACAAAAAACAACUAAUAUAUGAUAAAUUCUAUGUCUAUUUUCAUUUUAAACAUCAAGGCUAACUUAAGUAAUGCUGUGUGUAGACAAUGUACAUAUUUUAUAGAAUCUUUUUAUUUGAAACCUUUCUGUUGUAUUUUGAUGUCAUAAUAAGCAUAACCACUAAAAAACUGUACUAAGAAACUUUUUACAAGCGAUAAUAAUCAUAACUAAAAGCAACUUUUAGUUUUGUGUUACCAAUUUUCACGAUGAUAUUACACUGCUCCUAAUUUUUGUUUACAAAAAAUUUAUUGUUACACGAUACAAAAAAAGGACUGAACUAUGUGUAAAGUAGAUAUUUUUGAUACAGUAUGUUCCUAGUUUGACAACUAAAAUUGUAUUAAAAAUAUGUCUUCUGAACUUAUAUCUGUGUUGGGAAAAUGCGCCUGAAUUUAACAAGUAAUUCGAUGCAAUUGGUACUACACAUCUAUGAAUGCCAAUCGACUAAGUGCUACAGUUGUUUCAGUACUUAAUAUAAAUGGUAUACCAGAUUGGUGCAUACAGCCAGUCAAAAAUUUAUUUUUUUAUUAUCUUGGUACUUAUUCUUAAUGUUUUUGUAUAUACUUAGCUAUCUGGGGAGAUCAUAAAUUAUUAUUACUGAUCAUAGAACCAUAUUUAUGAGUUUCUGGUCAAUGCGGCUUCAUCUAACUGUCCUGGUCAUUAUCUCUAGUCAUGAAACUUCGAAUAAUGAACUAGUAACCGUAGAUCGUAGCCAAAUGCCGUUACAAUUUCUUUUUCUUACUGGAUGACCUCUGUAGUAUGUCAUUUCCUGUGUUACGUUUACUUUGUAAACUACUGAAGUACAUAUGCAAUUCGUAAUACCUUGAUCGAUAUAUCUGCUGAAUUUUGAUAAUGUGUAGAUAAUAUCGAUGAAUUUAAAUAACCAAGUUCAUAAUUCACUCCAGGAAAUCCACGGGAUCUAGUAUGUUUAAUAGAUAGAGAUUAGUUGGUGAAAAAUCUUAUCAUGUUCUUGUUGUUUGAUAACUUGUAGAAUGCAAUUUUAACAAAAUGUUAUUUUAUUGUUGUUUAAAAAAUAUGCAUUUAUUCACAUCAAAAUACCGAGUAUAUACGUAAACAUAUUUUUUAAUAUAAACACUUCAAAGUAUACAUGCCUACCGUCUCGUUGGAUUCUAGGAUGUGUGUAGCAAUUGUAUUUUUGACAAGAUAUUUAGACUUAAGAACAACUGUACAUAAUGUUUUUUAGACAGAGCAUUUUCUAGCACAGGUCUUUUCCAAAACGUAGGAGAAACUAGGAUAGUAACUACAUAGUUUUACACAUUGUAAAAAGUAAUAUUGAAUGAAAAAAAAACGACUUUUCUACAUACAGCAGUGAAAUGUGUAUUGAUCUUCCCUAGCCAAAAUGGCUUAGAAUAGGUAAAAUUAGUAUUUUAUUUUUUGAUGAAGAUCUACAUAGACAUAUAGGUAGUUGUUUUAAACACUACAUGUAAAAGAUACUGCUCAUAAUCAAAUAAAUUCUUCCUAAAUCAACAUCUAUAAAAUUUUACUUCCACUAAAAAAAUUGUCGUUAUAUAUAUUUAUUUUAUACACAAUCUUUAUACUUUAUUUAUUUUGACCUGUUUCAUCGUUAUCGUAAUAAUUUUUAAAGGUAUUUUUCCGAAUGUCGCGUCAGGGAUAGGUAUCAUUACCAACUUACACUGGUCAGUACAUUCAAUUGUUUACAUAUCUGCCCUGGUGAGUAAAACCACUACUAUCUGUUGCGGAAAAGAAAUAUUUAUCUCUAUUUAACAUAUCACAAUUCUGAAAAUAUCAUGGCCAGAACACAUCACAAACAAAGACGUUCUGAGAAAGAUGAAAUGGAAGUCUUAAAUACAAUCAAAACCAGAAAAUUGGAAUAUCUCGGACAUAUUACAGGUGGAGAGAGAUACAACUUGCUUCAACUCAUGCAAGGAAAGAUUCAAGGAAAAAGAAGCAUAGGGAAACGUUGAAUAUCAUGGCAACGCAACCUGAGAGAAUGGCACGGAUCAUAUUAACUUUUCAGUGCAGCCGUCUCUGGAGUCCGAAUAGCUAUGAUGAUUACAGACCUCCGUCGAGGAGAUGGCACUUGAAGAAAAAUAAAGUAUCACAGGGUUGCUUGUGUACCUAGUGAGAAGAAGUAAUAAUAAUAGAUAUACAUAUUAUAAUUAUUAUCUUGUCUGAUAGAACUAUCAUGGAAUAAUAAUAAUUACUACAAAUUAUAUUCUCGUCUGCUAGUAGACACGUUAACAUAAAGGAUUUAUUUUACAAUUUUUAAUUGAUUCUCAAGAGAUAUUACAAAAAAUUGAGAUAUCAAACAACUUUACAUGAUUAAGAAACUUCAAGUAUAUUUACGUAAAGUAAAUCUAAUAUCAAAAAUAAAACAACAAAUGAGGACAUAACAACAAAAGUUGCCAAACUCAAAUGGAGCUUCGAAGUUCACACUGCCAGACAGUGGCGGCUUGUGGUAAUUUAAAAAGGGUGUUCAAUUAAGGAAUGUAAUUAUAGAUAUGGUGGAUAGGAGCCGUGGGCAAUUGUGGCAAAGGCAAAAAAUUUUUGAGGGCCUCACCCGUUUUGGUCUAAAUUUGAUAUUAUUUAUUACUGUUGUUAAUACAUUAAUAAAUCAAAGCGAAUUAGAAACAAAAUUUAAACUUAAUAAAUAAUAUAAAAAUGUCUGUAAUUUUUGUAUUCAAUUUAUUCAUUUUAUUUAUACAAAAAAUCCAUUCUUCGAUUUUUGUGUUUUGCAAAAACAUCGAUAACACGAGCAUUAAAGUAUGAAGAUAACACCAACAGAAAAUAUUGUACCAAACUGUGAACCGAAACGCUCCACUGGUCUCUGGGUGCACUGCACAAAUCCUCACUGUUUUAGAUAGGCGAAAUGCUUUUUCACCGAUUUUAAGAUUUCUCUUUCUAACUACAGGCGUAGGUUAGCACCGGCUGGUUCAAUUUGAAUUCUGCACCAGAGCAUAAGUAUUUGCACUUGCAACGUGCAUCCAGCGGCGUAGAGCAAAUAAAUAUGAUUCAUAAAUAAAGUUAUAUUUUAAUGAUUCUAUGAGAUUUCAAAAAUAUAUGUUAAUGAUAUUAUAGUAUUAAUGAGAUUUAAAGAAAAAACUUUAUUUCAAUGAAAUUUUAUUGGGUGUUCACUGCACAAGUGAACCAAUGGAGAAACCGCCCCUGCUGCCAGACAUGAAGACCAACGUUGGAACGCCACAAUACAGCAUUGGAGACCUUACGCUCGAAACACACACUAAGAAUUUUGAACGUACGAUGCAUGGUUGAAAUUUACAUAGUGGCUCGAGCAAUCAUAUGGAAUCUUUCUCCCUUCACCAAACUUUUCAAGCGGUGAAGGGAGAAAGAUUCCAUAUGCUUGCUCGAGCCACUAUGUAGAUUUCAACCAUCGCACUGUCAAAAUUCUUAGUGUGUGAAACAAGCGUUACGAAAGUAAACGACCAAGAGGUAGACCACAGUUAAGACCAGAAUUAAUUUUUCAGGGACUAUUUCAGAAUGAAUAUCUGCGGACAGAGAAAUUUAACAAGGCGAACGAAUAAUUUUAGCUAUAUCUACAGAUAGAAGAAUUAAAAAUAUGAAGGGUACAGGCAAAGAAGGUGCUAUUUCAAAAUAAUAAGUUUCGAGAAAAAUGGUUUUAAAGGUUAAAACUCUCUGGUGUUUAUUAUUUAUUCACUGACGAAAAUCGUUUAUUUACUAAAUUUGCUGGAAUUAUAGCGAUGGCACUUUCUUCGCCGGGACAGCGCAGACUUGCCACCUUCUUAGCCUGACUAGAGAAAUUUAAAAUAUGUUGGUAUUCCUGACUGAACACGUUCAUAGCGGUGAUUUAUUUAUGUGUCCCCGAAAAUAGUGCGUUCCUUAACCUUCGGAGUACGAAGAUUAUUUGACUUACUUAGAUUCCGAUGAUGGGUCAAGAGUGACCCAUUCUCAUUUUAUUUAUAAGGAUGUUUUAAAUAGUCAGCAUUAUUAAACAGUAUCUUUAAUUAAAAAAAAAACAAACAAACAUAACAAUUAUAACCCUAAAUUAUUAUAUUUAAAUUUUUUAAGAUGGUUCCCCAUGGGCAUAAAUUAGUUCGCUUCGGCGGCCAUAUUUUAAUACCUUACAGAAAACGGGCAUAGGUAAAUUCGCUCCGGCCAUAUAUUUGAAUACGUAUACCCGUAAACAGAGACGGCUGCGAUUUACGUGUACCUACAAACAUAUUGAGAAUAUUCUUCGAAAUCCGAAGACCGGGUCAGCACUGACCCGGCAUCAUAGAUGUUACCUAGAGGAAAAACUAUAAUUUGGAUGUUCACGAAUUAUAUACGAAAAAAUAGAUUGAAACAAAUAAGAAGAACUUACAAUCAAUCGGAUUUGUAAAAAAAUUAUUUCAUAAAAUAUUAAGAAAUAAGUGAAUUUCGGGUCACGCUUGACCCAGUCUUCGUACUCCGAAGGUUAAAGGUAUAGGUAGAAGGCACCAUGUAGAGCAAAAAAGUAUUAUAACAUUUUUUCUAAACUCAACCGUUUGGUCAAAAAAACGAAAAUACAUUUUGGUAUGCAAAUUGAAAUCUGACAACUAUGUAUACAAAAUCUAAAGAUGGACACAGUCACAAUUCAAAAAUAGUUGCCCCAUGGGUCUUUAGUAUUUACAUUAAACCCUGUCUUCCUCCUCAACAAACAAACAAAUUCUUGUUUUGUUUGAUUUUCACACAUAGGGUGGUAUAAUUAUUUUGCAGGUGUCUACCUGUCUGACCUACAUUUGUGGUGUCAAUAACCUAAGUCACAAACAGUUCUUGUACAGUGAUGUCAGAUUAGUUAAUCUUAUGAAAAUAAAAGUUAAAAAAAUAUGGAGAACAAUGUAUUUUUUUGGAAACGGUUAACUUUAGAAAAAAAUGUUACAUAGGAUUUUUUUAUUCUAAAUUAUGUAUUAUAUCCAUACCUUAAAGGAACGCACUAUUUUCGGGGACACCCUGUAGAAUGGUAGUCGAGAUCGCUGGAUAAUGUAGGGGACCAGAAACUCAUUUUCUGCAAAAAUUGACAUAGCACCUUCUUUGCCUGUACCCUUCAUAUGAAAUUUAUAAAACAUUUUUUUACGCUGCCAGAUUAGCUAAAGAUGGUCGUAUUCUCUCUGUUUAUCUGAUUUCUCGUUUCCCACUGAUCUUUGCCCAAUACUGUUUUCAUUCUUCUCUCAAACAUAUUUCUUAGAAUCGUCUCUUCAACUGAUUAGAGGUCUUCCUCUUUCUAUCUUGUACUUGUAUUUCAUGAAUGCAAUAACAAAAAGGAAGAAGAACCCCAAAGGUUUUAAAAUGAUUACAUGAAAAUUACAGAUAGAAAGGUUUUACAAAGCAGGGCAGAAAUGGAAUUUAUCUUUAAUAUAAACGAGUAGGAUUACAUAACACCCCCUAGCACGUUUUAUGUGUCUUAUGUACAAAUGCCUUAUAUUACAAAUAUAUCUUAAAAUAAUCUUAACUAUACUUUGCGGCAUUUACAACAAAUUGUUUUAAGAUACUCGGAUUCGCAAAUAGGAACCAAGUUCUAUUGAAGGAUUCAUCAAAGACUAAUCUAUGAAAAAAAAAACGUGGCUAGGUAGUUGUUUGUACAUAUAUAAAGAACUCUUUUAUUAUUGCAGAUAGUGAGUACAAUAAGAUUUAAAACUAUUUAAAAAUCAAUUUAUGUCCCUCACUUUUAUAUAACUACACUGACUAGAAGGCAUUUGAUAUUUUAAUAUACUUAAAUUUUCUUUAUUUGAAUAUUUAUAUAAUAAAUUAUUUUUGUUAUUAUUCUUCACCUCGUGUUUUGUAAACUAAAAGCUAGACAUUUUGUCAUUAUAGCAAUUAUUGACACCGUAGAAUAAUAAAAAAACAAAUAGUAUGUCUAAUUUAUGUACCCGCGUAAAAAGAUUAAAAUAGAGGUACUGCUACUUCGUUACUUCUGAUAGCAGGUCGUCACUAAGACCCUAAACACAUGAGAGUGUUAGACGCCGCGUUUGAUUAAUAUCGCGUAUCAAGUUACCGAUGACACAGUGGUAUCAUACACAUGCAAGCGCGCGCUUAUCAGGUAAAACGCGGUGUCAAGCGCUGUCAUGUCAGCGUUCUAAGUAUAACGUUCAAUUAUUCGAUUGGAACGGUGAUUGUGACCCAAGCGACCAACGGAUUUUCACUGGGUAAACUGUUCAUAGAAUUAUUUGAAACGUAAACAAUGCUUAUGUUGUUUGUAGUACCUUUUUGUACUAACACACUUUUCUGAUCUCUUUUUUAAUAUCAGAAAUUAAUUUCCUUUACGAUUCUUUUUAAGCCUGGAAGGGAUAGUAGUUUGGUAAAAUAUAUUUAUCUAUUUCGAUUUUAUUUUGUUUAUUGGUGAUAUUUCUUUUUUAAAAUAGAACCCUUGAAUUAUUCAUCGAAUUAUAUUUUUGUCGCCUUCACUUUUUAUCCGGCCUUUACAUUCUGGUUUAUUAAUUUUUUCAUUUUCUUGAAAUUUGCGAAACAAUAUCAUGAGACGACACAUUUGAUGCUAUUCCUUUGGGUUUUUUUCUUAAAUAAACUGACGAGACUCCUGUCAGGACCACUAUACACACACGUAUUGAAAAGCACCUUAUUUAUCUCAAGAGUCUCGCUCAAAAAAUUGUUUUUUAAUAACAAGUGACGUCACUGACAAUUAUUUUGUACGUUAAUAGAUGUACAUUAGGAAAAAAAUGUAUUUGCCGUAUAGAAAUGGAAAUACAGUUUUUGUUUUCAGCCUGCACAAACCUGAAGUCAGCAAUUUUGACCAAAAACUGACUUGAUAAAGUCUGAAUGUCACGUCUGGUGUUAUAUAUUGGGUAAAGCGUAACACUUUCGUCUAAUUUGUUUCUUGGCGUAUUUCAUUUUAAAUCGGCACACGAGUAAGUAGGAAAUAAUAACAAAAAUAAUUUUUUUCCGUUAAUGUCUUGACUAAAACUGGUGAAUAACAUUUCGUGUGAUACCCAAAAAUACAAAUGUUAACAUAAGAUUUGAUAUUUUAUGAUUGUCGUAAUGGUACAUUCUACAAAAUUAUCUUUGCAGUUUUUGUGUGAAGAAAGACUGCCAUAUACAUGUUAUACAAUUGUUGAAAAGCAAAAAAAUGCGAAGUACACAUUUUGUAGAUUUGUUUAGAGGGUAGAAAAAAGACAAGAUGUUUUAUUCUUUUCAGAUUUUUUAAUCUGUCGGUAUACAGAAAUUUUAACACGUAAGAAAAUAUUUAGAAACAUAACGUUUUAUCAAUUUUAAGAUUAUGAUCUGAAAAUAUACCAGAAUAAAAGAUUUUGUCUUACUGAUUACGUAUGUGCCAAUAGAAAUAAUCUUAUACUCUUGCAAACUUUUUAUUAUCUUUUAACUACGAUAAUGGUGGAACUUACGAACAUUUUACAAAGAGUUGACGCAACCUACAUCGCUUAAAAAGGUUAUGAAAAAUCAUAAAUUUUCCAUGCUAUUGAGAUUUCUUGUUAAAAGCACAUUUAACGCAUGGUGUAAUUAUUUUAAUAGUUUUACCCGAUUCAAAAAUGGUAACUUUAUAAACGGUAAUUAUAUUAUGGAUAUAUGGUAUCAACUUGCUGUUACUUACAGACUACAGUUUUCGUCUCCCAGAACAAGCGAAAAAAAUCGUGUUGCUAUAAUUUUUGAUCCUACGUUAUACAGGAGUGCUUUAGUGAUUGACAACCAUGAUAUCACAGUCUAGGAAUAUUAUUAUAAGCCGUGGGAUCAGAAAAUUGGGUAGUCAAAAUAGUAUCCUACAUAUCGUUGGCAUAUCUAGCAAGCCCAACAUUACGCGCCUUAUAGCGAUACCAAUGUUUUAUUAUGCCCCACUUUAUUUAUUUGUAAUUGUGUUACAUAUUAAUGAUUUAAAAAAAAAUGAAUGUGGUAAUAUUAGAGAACUUUAAAAAAAAUUUAAAUAAUUGUUUAAUAAAAAAAUAUUAAAUAGGCAUACUUCAAAUAAGUAUAGUCGGAUUAACUUAUAUUGUGCAACGGCUUGCAGCGACAUUUGAUCCCUUCUUGUUUACAAUUGACCGACAACGUUUUAUUAAAACAAUUUUUAUAAGACGGUGACUCAUUGCCACUCGUCACUCGAUAUUGGUCAAAAAAGAGUACCAGGCAGGUGCAGUUUAUUUACAGUCGGAAAAAUGAAAGAAUACCCAUGAACGAUCACAUCAAUCACAUAUUAUUCAGAUUAUUAAUAAUCUAUCUCUCUCGUUAUUUAUGAAAAAAAAGAAUGUGUGUGUACUUUGUACGCACGUAAGAAGUUAUACUUCUAUUAUAUGAUUUCAACGAAAUUAAUAUACUUUAAACAGUUUAUUUAUAUUUUAUUUAAAUAUUAAACUAAUUUUAAUACUUACUACUUUUCAAAAAUUUUUAUUAAAACAGUACAAAAAUUUAAAAAAUAAAAGAAUAAAACUUACACAAACACAUUGAAAAAUGCCACAAAUGAUUUCUGGACAAUAAUUGUCGGAAACAAUUUUAACUAAAUACGUAUUUUCUGAAAAAAAAAAUAUAUAUAAUAAAUGUACUUACAAUCAUAAAAUGUAUAAAAAAAAACAAAAAAGAAUGUGUGUGUACUUUGUACGCACGUAAGAAGUUAUACUUCUACUACAUAUUAUGUGAUUUUUAAGACUAUACCAAAAAUUUAAAAAAAUAAAAGAAUAAAACGCACACAAACACAUUGAAAAAUGCCACAAAGAAAAAAUGAUUUCUGGACGAUAAUAAUUGUUGGCAAAAAUUUUAAAUACGCAUUUGCUGAAAAAAAAAUUAUAUAACAAAUAUACUUACAAUCAUAAUAUGCAUAAAAAAAUAAAACUUGCAUCGGGAAUUGAACCCUUGAAUUUCGUGCCGCUUUGACUCGUAAUCGAAGCGUAGACUCACUCGUCCAAUCGCACAUUAUUUAUCAUGUGGAAAAAUACGGUAACUGAACGUUUUACUGUUUGACAAUUGUUUUGAAAAUUAUUUAGUUUAAAUUUUGUGGAAGAAAAUAUAAAAAUAUAACAAAACAGUAAGAAAACAAUAUAUUAGAUGAAGAUUGGUAGAACUUUUGUUGGUAAUCAAUUAAGUAUGUAAAUCAAAGCAUUACAUACCUACUAGAUAAAUAAAUCUACGCCAAAAAAUCAUAAUUUAAAAAUAAAAAUCGAACCUAAUUUGGGAUUUCUCUCUAAAAUCCGCAUUCUUGAGAAAAUAAAUGUAUGUAUUUCAACCUAAUCCAAAUGUAUAAUUACAAUAUGAUUAUAAUAAAAACUAGGUACUUACCAAAUUAGAAUGAGUUUUCCUUGUCCAAAAUAGUCCAAAAGUCCAAAAAUAUAGGUAUAUGAAAACUAUUUAAAAAGGCAGUAUAACUAUUAACUAACUUUUGUUUGUUGUUUCUUUUCACACAAAUUUUAAAACGCAACAACCAUAAAUAAUCUAACUACAGCUGUGCCACAGCCACCAUAUUGAAUAAUUUUUGACAUGUCAUUUGAACAUCCAAUCAGAACAAAGUUAUAAUGCGCAUGCGCCCGGUCGCUAGGUUUUCCCAUAUAAAAAUUUACCCUCUAUCGCCGGUAAAGAAGUAUAACGUCAAAAAUAAAAGUUUCUAUUGGGGUUCGAACCUGCCUAUGUUUGAGCAGUUAGUAUUGGAAUUAAUUCAUCUUACACUUCUACCCACGGAGACACCUGCAUCAUGUGGGAAGAUCGACGAACUAAACGGUUUAAACUUUUGACAGUUCUGAAUUUAACCAAAUUAUUUUGAUUAGCCAAAUUAUUUUGAUUAUAUUGAUGAAAUAUUAAAGUACAACAAAACAUAGAGUAAGAAAACAAUAUAUUAGGUGAAUAUUGACAGAAAUUUUGAUCGCAAUCAAUUAUGUAAAUCAAAGCAUUACAUGCUAUUUUGAUAAGUUCAUUUUAAAUUUUCCAAAUAGGUAGGUACCUAUGUAAUUUUUAUUAGGAUACUGAAUCAUUUUACUGAGUCGCUUUUAAAAACUAUUUAAAAAGUCACUGCAAUUAUAAACUUUCUUUUUUCUCUGCCAUCACAACAAUAAAAACUAAUACAUAUACACAACAUUUGUUGAUCCAUAAUCUCCAACAAUUAUUAUUGACAUAUGAUUUUAACACCCAAUACGAUCCCGUAUAACGUUUGAGCGACUUAGGGCCGGUUGUUCGAACGCUAAUCAAAAAUGAUCAUUAUCAAAUAUUUAAUUACUGUCACAACUGUCAACGUCAACUUUGAUUGGGUUGCUGCAAACAUAAUUAUUGAUUACAAUGAUGAAAUUAGUUAAUCAAUUAUGUUAAUAAUUGUUAUGUUAAUUGAUUAACUAAUCUCAUAAUUAUAAUCAAUUAUGUUUUCAACAACCCAACCAAAGUUGACAUUGACAGUUGUGACAGUAAUUAAAUAUUUGAUAGUGAUCAUUGUUGAUUAGCGUUCGAACAACCGGCCCUAAAUAUACUGUCAUAUAUAACGAUAAUUGAGUAAUAUACUGUCGGUGUGCGAAUGCGCCAGGGAAUGUAAAAAUUCACCCUCGUGCCUAAAGAAGUAUAACUUCAAAAAACACAAAUACAAAAUAUGUGAUUGAUGUGAUCGUUCAUGGGUAUUUUUUCAUUUUUCCGACUGUAUAUGGUUUACAAGACCUAAAAACCGACUUAACAGUUUCAGAAUCUUCUGAUGGCUCCUCUUAUUAACCGGGAGGAUUGAGUACAGUUAGCCAACACUGUGGUAUCAACAAAAAUACAAUGUAUGCCUCACCGUCUUCGAAUUCUUGUCGGACUGCUUUAUAGUAACAUACCGUUAUAGUUCGGAAGGAAGUCGGUAAUAUAGUGUAGGUGUAGAGUGUUGUAUUGCAUUCAGAUUAGAACAUCUUAACAUUAAUUUUAACACAUAGGAUAUGUCCUGUUUUAACGGUACUUACCUAAGUAAAAAUUAUGUUGAUUAAAUAUUUAAUUACCAGAAAAAUCAGCCGCCGCACUAUAGCUAUAGCCGAACUACCGAAACCUACAACUGACCGUUUCACUAUAUUCCUUACUAUAAUUUUUGUUUCCGUCAUUUUUCUCAUAAAGUUUUAAUUUAUUGCAUUAUUUAUUUUUAUUGAUUUCUGGUGAUUCUUGGUACUUAUAAAAAAUUUCUUGAAUUAUUAACUAUAAACAUAUUUCUUCUAUAAUGUAUUAAUGUUAAUUAGACACAUACUAAAUAAAAUGAGGCACAUUUCUACAUCGACAAAAUCAAUUGAGUAAAUAAAGUAGCAAUAAAGAAGCAACUAGUUGUUAGAUAAAGUUUGCUACUACCUUUAUAUUUUUUUCGCAGAAUUAAAAUUUGUUACUGGUUUUGUCAUGUGAUGAUUAAAUAACCAGUUAAAGCACUUAUUUGUGCCAUGAACUGGAACCGUAAUCUGGUUUUGUCAAGUAUGAGGUGCUCGGCAAUCUAUAAGCAAAAUUUUGUCAAGUCAAUGACUCGAGUCAUGUGAUCAUGACAACUACUGGAAAGAUUUAAUCUAGACUGCAGUUGAGGUUUGUAUGUAAGAUCUUUGUUAUUAGCAGUCUUAUACAAUGCUUAAAUGUUUGUGCCUAUCCAGUAUAUGAGUCUUUUUUGUGAAAAAUAGCACAUUUCAUAACGACAAUAAUCGUUUUAAUAGUUUUGAACUUACGAAUACAUGUAAUAUAUAUUUCAAUUUUUUACCCUGAAUGACUAUAUUUAGUCGUUUCAUCAGCAUAGUAUUUGUGGUUUGCUGUCAACCCUUUGUAUAUGUUUCUGGUGUAAUUUGUUGCGACAUUCCAAUGUCUUAAUAUUUGUUAAUAAUAUUCUCUAUUUAUUCAGAAAAUUUAUCAUUUUUUCGUUUUAAAACGUUUCCCAAUUUUUGUACAGUUAUGUUAGAGAUGGAGUAUGUACAGUGCAAUUUUUUGUUUUAUUUUAUUAGAUUUAUUUAUAAUUUUAAAAAAUAAUAUAUAUUUAUUGGGAUUCUUUUAAAAUGGACUGAGUAUUAUUUAUUUACAAGAAAUCCAGUAGAUGAACUUGGUGAAGUGAAGCUGUGAUUUUUGUAUUUUUUCAGUUUUAUGUGUAUAGUUGUGUGUAGAGAUGAUUAAAUGAGGUAUUCCCGGUUUAUUUACUGGACAUUAAUUUUGAUAAUUUCAUAAUGAUGUGACAUAGCUUUUGAUAAAAAAAUGUUGGUCGGUAUCUGACAUACUUAUUGAUUUAUAUUUGUGUUCCAAACGGACUGAUAUUGACGAAACCAAUGGUUUAUUCGUUUAGAUUGUGAUUUAAGCCUACAGGUUUAUUUCUAUAGCUAAUUUUAGAGAAUUAUUUGUUAAAUUUGUCUAAUUCAAACGUAUCUAAAUAUAUUUAUGGGAAUUUAUAUAGCUUCAAGUUUCAGAAUGACAACGUGAUUUCUUUCUUUACCCUUUUUAAAGUUUUGAUUUCUUUUGUUCAUCACUACCAAACAAAAUCAAUUUCUGUUUUCUAAAACAUUUUUCAAUCAAAUUGAAACUUCGUAUUUAGGAAAAUUUAAAAUUUAGCUGUUUUAUCGCAUCUUUUAAGUUCCCAUAAUGUGUUUUUUCUUAAUAUUACCAAAUUAUUUGUCUACACAGGAAAAAAUAACUUUGGAGCUGUGAGUGGUGGACCUUGUUAAAAUGAGGUCAUGGAAUCUCAAUAACAUUAUUAAAUAACGCCCAUCUUUUAGUCGUUUGCUCCUCGUUAAUCGUUUAUUCUGACCAUCUCUUAUAUAUUCCACUUUCCCUUAGUCUGUAUGUUUUCAUUAAGUUUUUGUUUAAGUAUAAGCAAUUCAUUUGCAUUCCCAUUCUUUUUCAUCGAGUUAAUUUAAGUAUUGUAACACUUAAGUGAACUAGAAAUGAUGCUAUCUUAAAUUGUAUUACAAUCAUAAUUGAAAAUCAUUUUUGUGUUUGGUACAUUCCAUGUCAAAUCACUCGGGCAAAAACAUUUGGAUGUCCGAUUUUUCUAAAACUUGGUGUAUAGCUUUUACGGGACGUAAAAAAUAAGACAUUUAAGGUCAAACAGUCUUCUUCUUCUUCUUUUUUUCCCAAAAUGUUGCGAUUUUACAGUGAUUUGGUGUUUAUUUAAACAAAUUUGCAUUUCUCUAGUAAAGUAUCAAUGAAAAGAAUAAUAUUUUAAUAGAAGGGACUCAGAAAUGUCAUUAUAAGGAAUUAUAAACAAGUUAUUUUGAUUCAAAACAAGUUUUUGAUCAAAUUUUAGUGAAAAAGACGUUAAAAUACCAUUUAUUAUAUUCCUCCAUUCCCAAAAUACAUCAUAUUCGAUUUAGCUGAAAAUUUGCCCAUAGCUAGCCAAAAUAUAGGAUUAAGUGGUUAAAAGGAUUUAAAUAAUUUAACAAUACAAAAAAAGUUAAAUACAUACAAUAAUAUCAGACUCAAAAGUAUAUUACUCCAGUCGGGAUAGCAUUUGACCUUGCAUGUAGAGCUGCUCAAAAUUUUGUUUUCUCAUCUUUAGGGGGGCAAUAGUAGUCUAACUUUAAAAUCGCGAAUGAAUGCCUCCGUUACGUUAGUCGUCAUCUUGAUUUUAAAGGAGAACCGUUUUUGCUCAAUAUUUCCGCCAUUUUUAACCUUUCGACAAAAAUGGUAGAAACUGAAAUUUUUCCAAAUAUAUCGUAUUUACAAUUAUUAUAAUUUCUUUCUAACCACUUUUGUCGUGAGGUCAACAUUUUCCGGGUUAAUUGUACUUACAGUAGACGCCUAUAUUUUUGACUAUGAUAUUGCAUGUAACUUUUUUUUUGUAUUUUAAAAUUAUUCAAAUCCUUUUAACCAUUUAAAGUCCUAUGUUUUGGUUAUCUGUGAACAAAUUAUCAGCUAAAUCGAAUAUGAUGUAUUUUGGGAAUGGAGGAAAAUGUAAAAAUUUAUUUUAAUGUAUUUUAACGUUUUCUAAUACUAAAAUUUGAUCAAAAACUUGUUUUGAAUCAAAAUAACUUAUUAUAAAGCCAUAUAAUGACAUUUUUGAGUCCCUUCUAUUAAAAUAUUAUUUUUUCAAUUGAUACUUUACGAUAUAAAAUGCAAAUUUGUUUAAAUAAAUACCAAAUCACUGUAAAAUCGCUUAAGAUUUUGAGAAAAAAAAAGAAGAAGACAAUUUGACCUUAAAUGUCCCACAUAUGCUAUAUACCAAUUUUCAGACAAAUCGGAGAUCCAAGUUUUUUUAUCCAAAAUUGAGUGAUUUGAAAUGGAAUAACUCAUUUACAUUAUGUAAAAUGUAGGCUUAAAAAUAAAAUAGCUUUAUUUUAAUGAGAUUUUAGGUAAUUUAUUUAUUUUUAACGUAUUUGAUUCGUCCGUCUUUUAAAAGUACUUUCCUUGUUAAAUGGGAUAAGAGAAGGACAUAAUAUUGAAUAAAAAAUCUAAAUCAGUAAGUAUAACUGUUUCGUCAGGCAAUUGAUGUAAGAAACUUCACAUAAGAAAGAUAUUGUGCCUUUUCAGAUUGUCCACAGGGAUAUACUGAAAAAUAUUUUAUAUAUUUUUUUAACUCGGUGUAUUCUUAAAAAAACCGAUACUAAAUUUUUACCUUAUAGUUGUUUAUGUGUUGUAGGCGAUUUGUGAAUGUUCUCUUCAGUUUCAUUUUUUAUUUUGUGUGUGCACCUUUCAUCGACAAAUGUCUCCGACUUGCCAUCCGUUAAAAAUUUUACAACUAUAAAUAAUAUUAAGUCACUUAUCCGAAAAUCUUUUAAUCUAUGUAGUGUUAUAGUGUUUCUAAAAGUAAUUGAAAUGAAGAAAACCGCUUGCAUUAAAAAUCCUUUAUGAACAAACUUUCUUCACAAAAUUUUUUUUCGAAAUUUUAGAUCCGAAAAUCUAAACAUUUGUACUGGAACCAAGUACUGGUGAGAACCUAAAUUCGUGCCUUCGAGAACGAUAAAUAAGAAGAAGAUUAGGGGAAAUCUAAGAUUGCAUUCCACAGCCCGUAUAUUUAUUUAGGUAAAAUUCAAUCGAAUCUUGGGUUGUCACCAGAACUUGGUUCCAGUAAAAGUCUAGGUUUUUCAGAUCUAAGAUUUCGAAUUGUUUUAAUUAGAUGUCUUACAGGUCUAAAAGCAAAUUAUUGUUUAUAAUUUUGCUUAGUGAGAUAGCUCGUUUUCUUUUUGAUUCAGAGCAGACCAUAGGCCUCUCUGAAGAGCUCAAAACAGUGAAACGUACGUAAGAGGAUGAUGGUCUAUCUCUGAAACAAAAUGAAAUAUUAACUCUUUCAUUUUCAUUUACUCCGAUCGUGAAACCCAAAAGACCAGUCAAAUAGUGACUAGCGCCAUUGCAACAUAUAUGAUUAGGUUCUUGCAACUUAUUAAAUCUGUGUCAAAUAAGAAUAUCAGAAUUAAUACUUUGUUUUACUAUUUUGUAAAAUAUUUCUUCUGGUCAAACCCACCAGUUUUGUUAUUUGAAUUAUCACUAAAAAUUUUUAACGUGAAAGUGAAUACUUCUGUUGUAAUUGGUAUAAAUAUUUAAUCAAAAAUGCAAAUGGAUUACAAUACUUGAUUAUUAUUCAGAACGAAUGUUUUCGGACUUAUCAGGCCAUCUUCAGUGAACUUUAAAUUACUUGCACUAAUAACCACAAAAUCAGACAGUGGUUGGGUUUAAAUAGACGACUACAUACUUAAAAGUAUUAAAUUAAACGACAUAAAGUCGAUGAAAAUGAAUAUAACUAUUCGAGACCAGUAUGUGUCCCUACAAUUACAUCAGUCUUGGUCUGCAAUAGUCUGCGAAGCUUAUUACUAAAAAAGUAAAGUAGUUUGAUUAUAAAAGUUUUUUAUGCCAAGUGGUGAAUCUUUAAUUUUAAAUUGGUACUUUUAGAAAUAUUGUACUAUCAGUACAAUAUGUAAAUUAGAAAUGUAGUCUGUCAACACAUACAUGCACAGAACACAUGAAACCUGAUGUUUAUAAUGUAUACUUUAAAGAAAUGUAGUUUGUCAACACAUACAUGCACAGAACACAUGAAACCUGAUGUUUUUAAUAUUCAGGUGUUCUGUGCAUGUAUGUGUUUAUAUUAUAUACAUAAGGUGUCAUGUGUUCUGUGUUGACAAACUACACCUGAAACCUGAUGUUUAUAUUAUAAACAUCAGGUUUCAUGUGUUAUGUGCAUGUGUGUGUUGACAAACUACGUUUCUUUAAAGUGAAUAUACUAUAGUAAUACUCUAAUAUUAAACACGUUAUUAACGGUUGUUAAACAGAUCAUAUUAUUAUACAAAGUUGAAUAUGACACAAUUUUCAAAAUUUAAGUAAGACUGAAGCCGCGUUGGGAACCAAAUUUAUACUUACAAGUUGUUGUUGCUUUGUGCUUCAAAUUUAAAAUUAUAGCAGAUUGUGGAAACAGAGUGGAUUUUGAUGGCAAAAAAAGUUUUGAAUACUCCAUAAUUUGAAAUUAAUUAGAAGAUACUAUUAUUUUAAAUUCCAUGUAAUUUCGAAGUGUCAAAUAAGAAAAAAAUGAUAUAACUAAAAUGAACACAUCAUAAUAGUCAGUCCCGGCGCUAGGGUAAAAGGUGCCCGCCUGCAAAACUAGGCGCUCUUAGGAUUUUUAAAUUAGUAUUUUGUAUAACAUCAGCAGAAAAAAGCUCAUUUUAGUAACCCCAAACAGGGGCGCUAACCUGCAGUGUAUCUCUUGAAGGCCCGUUAUUGCCGGACCUGAUAGUUUAAGUUACUGUGUUUUUGUCAUCUGUUUUUUUUUUUAGUUAAAAAUCUUAGUCAACAAAAAUGGUACUGCAAAAGCAUAAAACGUUUAAAAACAUUUGUAAGGCAUAUAACGUUUCAGACAUUUUGUAAAUAUUAUAUUGUUAACAUUUUGUUCUUAAAUUAACAUUAAAUAGCACUUUGCCUACUAUUUAAAACAUCAUUUAUGUCCUUUUGGUGUUAUGCUUUUUUGAUUAACAAAAGUGAUAAAUAUAACGUAAAUCCGUUAAUAAGCAAUACUCUUUUUAUUACUAACCAAUGCCGUAUAUUACCAACGUAAUAUAUGGCAUAACAAGUAGAUUGAAAGACGAAGAACGAGAACACCCACCUGUUUCCAGAAAAUUACAGAAAUAACGUAUUUAUUUGUUUAAAUUCGUGUAGACAAUAAUGUCGAUGAAAGAUGUACGAAGUGGAGGUCAGGGUAGAAUAAAAAAAGGCACAUUAUAACUACUGCUAUUGCAGAGAGUGUCUCUUAACACCCUCCAUCCAAAGUUUUUGUAUGUAACAUAGCUACAUGUUCUAGGAGACUAUGGGCUCUUGUUUACAAAGAGCCGCGAUAAAAAUAUAUAAACACUAAGCUUUGUUUCGUAUAAAGUUGUCUUAGGAAUCCAAAAAUAAAUCACUCGGCAUAUUUUUGAUUGUACAGUUUCUUGUAAUUUUGUAUUUGACCAUUGAAUUUUUGUUAGAUUAUUAUUAUACUGUAAGUUGGGGUUUAUUUUGUACGUUAAAAAAUGAUACAAUUUCAAAAUACAUGUAAUUUGAGGUGAGUUAUGAUUUCGCUGAUUACUUAUUUCUCUUACUGAGGAACCUGUGUAAUAUGGUCGUGUACUUACUGCUACAUUUAAUGGAAAUGUUAGAAUAUAAGUGAUACAAUAUACAAACCUAGACGUCUAUAAGGUUCUUCUAAUCUUAUAUCCGCUCCAACAUUUCCAUUCAAAUAUUUAAAAUGGUGAGAAUAAUCACCUUCAGACAAAAAAAAUCUCAUUGUCAGAUCGACACUCAACCCGAAGUACCACGGUUAUAACGAUAAUUAAGAUGACUUAAUUAGUAACAAGGCAUUUACUAACCACACAAUACACAAAAAUAAUUCUGCUAAUAACCUCAGUAGUUAAUGCGGUCGAUUGAAAAGAAAGGUGGUAGAAACAGAUUUGAUAACUAUCGAAGCAUUGUUCUUGACCGUUAUGGAUCGUUUAGUGACAUGUUGGCUACUAUAUUCGCUAUCGUUGCUUUAUUGUCGAUUAUUCGAACUAUUUUCUUUAAGUAUUCCAGCUUCUUCUUCUUUAGGUACCGUCUCCUCUAAGAAGGUUGGUAAUCAUCACAGCUAUUUUCACUUUUGAGAUUGCAGCUCUGAACAAGUCGACGGAACUGCAAUUAUACCACUUUCUUAGAUUUUUGAGCCAGGAGAUGCGUCUUCUUCCAAUACUUGGUUUUCCCUGCAUUAUGGUUUGUAGUAACACAUAGUUAUCCGCUCUCAUAACGUAGUCGAGAAUUGUAACUUUCUUAUCUUAAUCGUAUUCAUGAUAUCCUCUUUCAUCUUUCUGAGAACCUCGACAUUUGUUAAUUCUAUCUACCCAACUUAUUUUUAAUAUCCUUCGGUAGGUCCACAUCUCGAAUACUUGCAAGUCGAUCGCUUAUUUAUUUCUUUAAGGUGCAGGCCUUCCAGCUAUUCCAGCUUGCGUCUUUUUAUUAUAUUGAUCAGUUGUUAUUUGGUUCAGUGUCGUAAGAAAUUCCUCCGACUCUGUCGAUCAUUGAGGCAUUACAAUUCCAAUACGAGAGCAGAAAAGUCAAGGACAACACAAGAAUUUAUAUAUGUGGAACAGAUGAAAAAAUAAGAGACAUAGGGCCGGUUGUUCGAACGCUAAUCAACACUGAUCACUAUCAAAUAUUUAAUUACUGUCACAACUGUCAAUGUCAACUUUGGUUGGGUUGCUGAAAAUAUAAUUUAUUAUAAUUAUGAGAUUAGUUAAUCAAUUAACAUAACAAUUAUUAACAUAAUUGAUUAAUUAAUUUCAUAAUUGUAAUCAAUAAAAUUGUUUUCAGCAACCCAAUCAAAGUUGACAUUGACAGUUGUGAAAGUAAUUAAAUAUUUGAUAAUGAUCAUUUUUGAUUAGCGUUCGAACAACCGGCCCUUAGACCGGCAAGAUACUGAUUGGAAUGACAGGAAUCGCAAGACGUCAAACGUUUUAAAGUGAUAAUUGAGUAUGAUCGACUAAUAUUAUAACACACCUCAACCUUGCACAAUAAACGGGCACUUUUAGAACAGGUCAAUAGAUUUAUGUGCCUGAGAUGUUGGAUCGAUAACAGCAUAAAUCUUGAUCUAGAAAUAAGACCGAUAAUAGAACAGGUCAGAAAAUCCUUCGAAAAAAACAAAGACUGUUAUGUGAUUCUCGGAUAAAACUCAAAAAUCGAGUAAGUUUAUCAAAAUGAUGGACUUUUUUUCUCUAUGCAGUUGAGACGUGGACACUUAAAACAGCAACCGCAAAUAAAGUGGAGGCCUUCGAAAUUUGGAUAUAUCUGAGAAUAUUCAAAAUUUCAUGGACAUAGAAUAGGUAAGGAAAAGUUAAACUAACAUCAAACAAAGUUCUGCAUAUAAUAGGUAAGGAACGAGAACUUUUCCAACACAGUAAAAGUUAGAAACACUUCAUACCUAGGCUACAUACCGAGAAAUAAUAAGUACGAAUAUGCUCAACUAAUAGAGAAAGGAAAGAUCGAGGGAAAGAGAGGUCUAGUAAGGAAAAAACUAUCGUGGCUAAGAAACAUCCGGCAAUGGGGUUAAAUUUUGAACAGCUGAAAACAGAGAAGAGUUUGCAAUUAGUAGCCGACCUCUAUUGAGGAUAGGGCACUUUAAGAAAAAUAUAACAUAAUACUAUAGUAUUUUUACUACAAAAACGUUAUUACGUAGGUCAAAAUUUUUGACGUAAGAGAACUGUCAAAACAUUAGAAUGUGACUUUUCAUUAUUGCCGUGUUUAUAAUAAACAUAGCAAUAAUGAAAAGUCACAUUCUAAUGUUUUGACAGUUCUCUUACGUCAAAAAUUUUAACCUACGUAAUAACGUUUUUGUAGUAAAAAUACUAUAUAUAACACAUACUAUAUAACAUAAUAAAAAUAAUAUAUUAUGAGCAAAAUUUUCCAAAUUAACAAUCCUUAUUCAUAUGUUCAUUCUUCUGGUCUCGUGUAUAUUUGUGAACUCUAUGGAAAAUAGAGAGGAAAAGCGAAAUUUGAUAGAAUUUUCAGGACUUUUUUAAGGUUGGAAAUGAUUAAGAAUACAUAAAAUAAAACCGGCUUUAUUUUAAUUUAUUUUACUACAAUUUAAUUCAAUAAUAAAUUACUUUAAACAAAGUCUAUGAAGACAAUAGUAUUUUCUAGAUCUAGAUCAUCAACAAAGCUUUGUAAAAAUAUAGACUUUAUAAUGACAAUAUUUGGUGUCUACGUUCGUACAACUAAAACUAUAUACAAAUUGUUUAGACUUAUUAAUACUAUUUAGAACAACAACUUGCCUUAGCUAUACAUGUAUUUGAACAAUAAUUUAAAUUAUUUUUGAACUUAUCUUAGCUAAAGAUGUAUUUGGACAAUAUUUUAAACUAUUUUUGAACUUAUGGUCUACAGAGAUAAAAACGCCACACUGUCCGUAACAUGGUAAAAACAUAAUUUGGCAUUUUUCUAGGUAUUAUAUGAAACAAAGUUUAGUGAAACAACUAAAGCCAAAUAUUGCAUUGAGUAUUGACGUUUAUUUGUGAAGGUUUACACUAACACAACUGAUUAAAAGAAUCAGUUUUAUUUUCAUACACAAGAUACCGUAUUCGAAGGUAUAUUAUUUUUAGUACCGUAAUAUCGAAGAUUCGAUCAGCGACUACCUAUUUAUAAAAUAAGUCAUCUUACCGACAGUUUUCGGAGUUGAGCUAUAAAAAUUAGUUUUUUGGACAAAUGGCAGUCUCGUUUUUAACUGUAUUUGAAUAAAUUUUGAGAUCUAAAACCACCAAAAUGUGUAAACGGAGAACAAGAAAAAAUUCCAUAAGUAACGAAUAGGUACUGUGAAAUUACUUUUGCCGUAGACUAUACAGUCCCUACUGGCCAAAUAUUAGAGGCACUAUAAGAUUUUAUAAAAAAAUUUAAUUAUAAGGUGAUAUUAAAUAGGUUCAUAACAACAUUAAAUAGGUUUUUGUAUAUACCAGAUACAAUGUAUGUUGUUUGGUUGUCCAUUUAAUUGUCUAUAUUUUAUUAUAAAUAAAACAUCAUUAUUAAUGAACAAAUAUGUAUUUAGAUAAAGGCAGUUUUUGUUUUUAUUUGUUGUUAAAUAUGUAUUUGUUGACUCUUGAAAAAAAAAAACAGAAAUAACGACAAUGAAUUAUUAAUAUUUUGUUGAGCCACCUUUAGCCGUUAUUAGAGCUUUAAUUCUGCGCGGCAUACAUGCAUUGAUGGUAUGCCGCGCAAAAUUAAAGCUCUAAUACCGACUAAGGUCUGCUUGCCAUUAUGCUAAAUUCAGUACUGAAUUUAGUACUAAAAAUAUUGUAUUUACAAAUUAGAUGCAUACGCCGAUUCAGUACUAAAAACUAAAACAUGUUCUAAUUUCUUGUACUAAAAAUGAUGAAAUAUUAAUUAAAAGUGAGGUUGUGUUACUUAUGCUUAUAUUCUGUUUUAAAUAUGUGGAGUCAUAAUCAAAUAGAAAGUUUAAUAGAGCUAUAUAAAGCAAAAAUUGUUUAUAUAUGCCAAAACAAUUUUUUAAACAAAUUAUUAAACAAUUAAUUCAUAAAAAGUUUUACUUCUAUACCAAAGGGUGUUCUACAUUUAACAUGUUUAAUAUUCCAUUUUUUUCUCCAUAUACGCCUUUUUAGUACGUUUACGAUCUUUUUUCUCUUAAUUGUCAUAAUAAAUCAAGCUAUUGAUUUUUUUAGCUUCUUUUUCACCAUCAUUAUUUACCUGUUUGUUGUUAUUUACAUACUCUAAUAAUAAAACCAAAUAAAACGAACUUCAGAUAGGUUAGGUUAUCAAUACCAAAUGGCAUGCCUACAUGCUAAUUGAAAUUAAGAUAGUUGCAAACACAAACUGCCAUUUUUCAUACUAAAUCGACUCGCACAACUAAUAUUUUCAGUACUGAAAUUAGCAUAAUGGCAAGCGGGUCUAAAGGAGCCUUAACAAAAUAGUUAAACAUUUAAUUGUUGUUAUUUCUGUUUUCUUUCAAGAGUCAAUAAAUACAUAUUUUUGUUCAUUAAUAAUGAUGUUUUAUUUGUGAUAAAAUAUGGAAAAUUAAAUGGACAACCAAACAACAUACAUUGUGUCCGGUACAUACAAAAAACCUUUUUAGUACCACCUCAUAAUUAACUUUUGUAAAAUCGUAUAAUGCGUCUAAUAUAUGGCAAGGGACUGUAUAUUGGUAUAUUUUUCUUCAUGAAAUCGCUACACUCAUGAGAUAUCUGACUUUAUUGUUCUAAUUACAAACAGUUUAGACACAUUGUAGAAAAAUUUUCUUGUAAAUCAAGUUUUACAUAAAAUUUUGGUAGUGAAGUGCUCAAAUUGUAUGUCAACUACAGUGGGAAAUGUCGUUUCAGAUCGACUAAUUUUUUAAUCUCUGAAAUCUGGUCAUCGUUGGAAGUAACUUCCAAUUUGUAAAAAGUAUGCUAGAAAGCAUUUAGUUAAGGGUAGCUUCUAGCGUGUAGAAUAGUUUCUAGAUUUAAAAAAUUAGGUAAGUCAUAGAAUUAAGAAAUACUAGGUAGGAUUCUAGAUUAGAAAAACAAAAAAAUAAUUAAGGCCUUUCUCUUUUCGGAUGGAAUAUUAGAGCAGUUUUUAGUUAGUGUUUAUAUUAUAUAGAUAUAUUUAAAAAAGCUGGGGGCUUGGUCAUAUUUCAGUGCAACAUCUGUUUUUUAUUGUAUGAUUUGGUUUUGAAAGAUGACCAAUUUUCAGUUGGUGUUUUUAGUCAUGAAGGGUGCACUGUCUAAUAUUCCAUCGGAGAAUUUAAAAAAAUGAAAUGCAAAAAAAUCGUAUAACUAAAUGUUUUUUAUUGUUAUAAGUUUAAAGUGUAUGUUUUUUGUUUUCUUUUUUUUUUUGUAUUGUAAGACUUUGUGUUGGUAAAUAUAAUGUAUUUGUCCAAA